AUGACUCAAUUAACUAAAUCAAAUGAACAAGUUCUCAAUGAACUUCUUAAUGACGAUGCUGAUGUUGAUGAAUAUGGUGAAUGGACUGAACAAGCAGCAGCCCGUGUAGCUACUAAACAACAAGGUGAUGGUGAAGAAGAAUAUGGUCAUGUAAAAUUACGUAAACCAAUUGAUCUGGAAACAUUAUGCGCAAGUAAAGGUCAGAUAUUAGAACUCGAUCAAAAUGAACUUGAUCCAGCUGAAUUAGCUCGAGCAGCUACACAAAUGGCAAUGGAUGAUGUUAAAGAGAAUCAACAACAACAACAACAACAUAUGACUGAUCAAUUUAUUAAUAAUGAACUUAAAUCAACAAUACCAUCAAAAGAUUUAUUCAGUCAUAGAUUAAUUGAUAAUACACAAGAUUUUGAUGAUCAACUUGGUGGUAUGCAACAUAUAAUAAAAACAAAUGGUACUGAUGGUACACCAUUAGAUAAUGUACCAAGUAGUGAAGCUGCCGGUGGAAUUUGGAAACAAAUUAUUUAUGCUGGUGUUGGUGAAACACCAUCACUUGGUUCAACUGUACGUGUUCAUUAUAAUGCAUAUUUUGAAUUAAAUGAUGAACCAUAUGAUAGUACAUAUAUUCGACGUCGACCAUGUGAAUUUCAAUUGGGAAAAUUUAAUGUUCUACCAGGUUUAGAUUUAGCUGUUCGUACAAUGCAAAGACGUGAACGAGCUAAAUUUAUUAUUAGUAGUGAUCUACUCUAUGGCGAACAUGGUUGUCCACCACGUAUACCACCGAAAUCAUGGUCUGUAUUUAUUAUUGAAUUAAUCUCAUGGAUUGAUUGUACAUUAGUUGAAAAACUUAAUCAAUUAAAAACAAAAGACGAUGAAUUAAUCGAAGAUUUCGAUGAACGAAUGCGUAUUGCACAAACAUUACGUGAUAUGGGAAACGAUGAAUAUGCCAAACAUAAUCUUGAACGAGCUAUUCGUUAUUAUGCUAAAGGAAAACAAUUUUUACUUAAAACUAAAACAUCAGAUGAAAAUCAAAUAAAACAAUAUAAAGAUUUAUUACUUAAACUUUAUCUUAAUUCAGCUCAAUGUUAUCUUAAAAUACGAAAUUAUGAACGUACACUUAAAAAUUGUAAUGAAGCAUUACAAUUAGAACCGAAAAAUAUCAAAGCUUUAUUUCGUAUGAGUAUUGCUUAUCGUUCAUUACAACAAUUCGAUCAAGCACGUAUGCAUCUUAAUAUAGCAAUUAAUAUUGAACCGUAUAAUGCUGAAAUUAUUGAUGAAGCACAACGACUUGAUCGAGCUAUGGAACAACAAAAGAAAACUGAACAAAAAUUAUAUUAUCGAAUGUUUAAUAACUAA